CUGAUGCGAGUACCCAACAUCAGCUACGAACUAACAGAGCCAAAGAAAGAUAUCUUUGCCAAAACCAGCAUAACGCUAUUACUCACCUUUCACGACAGACAAAUAAUCUACAACUACUUAAUUUUGCACAUAACUUCUCUGAAGUUUUAAAUACUAACAAGCAUCCUUUUUCACACCAUAUCGAUGUCGAAAGUAGCACUAAUUGUACAUAUUGUAAUGCCUUAAAACUGCCCACAGAAAGCCUUAGAAUAUAUUGCUUAAAUAGGAAGAUGGUGUUAGCUGAACCUAAUAUAUCACCACUUUUGAAUCAUCUUUUUUCCAUUCCUAAUUCUGGUCUUAAUCUUGAAAUUAUUCAAUCGCUAAAAAAUAUGCUUGACGAAAUAAAUCAUUAUGUUAUCAACUUCUAUUAUAUUUCAAUGCUAUCUACUGAAUCUAUUAAAAAUUUAGCAGUAAUUAUUCAAGCUAAUAUUCCUGAACUUGAUUUACAAACAUAUAAUACAUCGACUACUUCACAGGUAGCAGCAAUUUGGGUUGACGAUAAG